AAUACGGAAAUAAACAAUUCUCUCCACGAUUCUCUCAUGCUCAAAGAGUGCCCGUUGAUUUAGACGACGGAAGCUGUCAGAGAGACGGACUCUUGUCUCCUGACCUGCUGCAUUGGCAUUUUUUUGUUGCAGUUUUGUGAUUUUAUAAGGACAAGCUGUAGAAGAACACCAUGGAAGCUAAAUUAAAGAAAGAGCUGGGGACAAAUAUGCUGAAGUCAACUGGACACGCAGGCGGGGGAUGCAUCAGUGAGGGCCACAGUUACGACACUGAUCACGGCAGAGUGUUUGUGAAGAUCAAUCACAAAAGCGGGGCCAAGUUGAUGUUUGAUGGAGAGAUGUCGAGCCUGGAAACAAUUUUAAAGACAGAAACUGUCAAAGUCCCGAAACCACUGAAGGUGAUUGAGCUUGACACAGAGGGUUGCUUAUUUGUGAUGGAGCAUCUGGACAUGAGAAGUCUUAACAAGUACUCUAAACAGCUGGGAGAGCAGCUGGCGGAUCUGCACCUUCACAACAAAAGACAGUUGGAAAAACAAAAUAAAAAGCAGCAAACAGUGGGUAAAGGAGCUGGACACACUGAGAUGGAUCCUGUUGAGAAAUUUGGCUUUGAUGUAAAUACUUGCUGUGGAUAUAUAGCACAGAAAAAUGAGUGGCAGAGCGACUGGGUGCAGUUUUACUCCCAGCAGAGGCUGGAGUACCAACUGAACAUGGUGGAGAAAUCGCAUGGCGAUCGUGAGGCCAGAGAGCUGUGGGCAAAACUGCAGCUGAAGAUCCCUGAGUUUUUCACCAAUGUGGAGGUCAUCCCUGCCCUCCUCCAUGGAGACUUAUGGGGGGGCAACGUGGCAGAAUGUGCAGAUGGCCCAGUCAUUUUUGACCCAGCUUCUUUCUAUGGCCAUUCAGAGUUUGAGCUGGCUAUUAGUGGGAUGUUUGGUGGCUUCAACAACUCUUUCUACUCUGCUUACCAUGAUAAGAUCCCUCAAACACCAGGGUUUGCACAAAGAAACCAGCUCUACCAACUCUUCCAUUACCUGAAUCACUGGAAUCACUUUGGAGGUGGCUACAGAGGCUCUUCGAUAAGGAUUAUGAAGAAUUUGCUCAAAUAAAAACUCUCACAGUUCCAAUAAAAAAAAUAAAAAAAAGCUUUAAAGUCUUAUCAUAAGCCAGGUAAUAUCUAUAUUUUUUUUAGAUAGAAAAAAUGGCAGAGUGAAAUUUACUAAACAUUCUAAAACAUCUAACUGCAUGUUGGAAUUUCUUAGAUGUAUUGAAAAUGGAGAAAAAAAAACAUUUAUAUAGUUAAAACAAA